GAAACUCGCCAUUGUAGUAUAUUGAGUGAAUUUGAGCCAUUGCAACGAAAACGGUUUUCUGCCUUGGGUCUUAUGUGAAGUGUGGUUAUUCUGUGUGUGCUUUACAUUUGGAAAAAGUGCAAAUUUUUGUGUUUUUGCGUGUUGUGUGAUAAUGGCAACGGCGCUCCUGCCGUCGCCCGCGUGAACUGUGAGACUCUAGUGCAGCUAACGACCCGGGCCAGCCGCCUCACGCGUCACCCGACCACAAUGAAAAUGGUGUUGUCACAACGGCAACGAGAGGAGCUAAACAAAGCUAUCGCUGAUUACCUGGGCAGCAAUGGCUAUACGGACGCGUUGGAGGCGUUCAAAAAGGAGGCCGAAAUGACCGGCGAAAUAGACCGCAAGAUAGGGGGUCUACUGGAGAAGAAAUGGACCUCCGUAAUCAGGCUUCAGAAGAAGGUGAUGGAAUUAGAAUCGAAGCUAUCCGAAGCUCAAAAGGAGUUUAUGGAAGGUGCGCCCGCUCGCGGCAAGCGCACGCCCGCCGAGUGGAUACCUCGCCCGCCGGAGAAGUUCUGCCUCACCGGACAUCGGGCUACUAUUACUAAAGUAGUAUUUCACCCAGUGUUCAGUUUGAUGGUGUCGUCCAGCGAGGACGCCACCAUCCGCGUGUGGGAGUUCGAGAGCGGCACGUACGAACGAACCCUGAAGGGGCACACCGACUCCGUACAGGAUAUCGCAUUCGAUCAUCACGGCAAGCUACUAGUAUCGUGCAGCGCCGACAUGUCGAUAAAGCUGUGGGACUUCAACCAGACGUUCGAGUGCAUAAAGACGAUGCACGGCCACGAGCACAACGUGUCCUCCGUCGCCUUCUCCCCCGGCGGAGACCUCGUCUACUCCGCCAGCAGGGAUAAAACCAUCAAGGCCUGGGAUGUCGCCACUGGGUACUGCGUGAAGACGUUCAAGGGGCACCGCGAGUGGGUGCGCAUGGUGCGCGUGUCGGCGGACGGCGCGCUGCUCGCCUCCUGCUCCAACGACCAGACCGUGCGCAUCUGGGCCACCGACAACAACGUCAAUGAAUGCAAGAUGGAGCUGCGCGAGCACGAGCACGUGGUGGAGUGCGUGGCGUGGGCGCCCGAGGCGGCGGCUGCGGCCAUCAACGAGGCGGCCGGAGGAGACAACCGCCGCGCCAGCCACGCCGGCCCCUUCCUCGCUAGUGGCUCGCGUGACAAGACAGUCAAGAUCUGGGAGGUGAGUACGGGGCAGUGCCUGGCGACGCUGGUGGGGCACGACAACUGGGUGCGCGGCGCGGCGUGGCACCCCGGCGGCCGCUACCUGCUCACCGCCUCCGACGACAAGACGCUGCGCGUGUGGGACGUCGCGCACACGCGCUGCCUCAAGACGCUCUACGCGCACCACCACUUCGCCACCAGCCUCGAUUUCCACAGGAGCUUGCCAUACGUGAUCUCGGGCAGCGUGGAUCUGACCGUCAAAGUUUGGGAGUGUCGCUAAGAGCAUUGCCAUUUUAGUAACUUAAACUCACCGAUGAUAUCUUUAUCAUUAUUUUUCACAAUAUAGCUGCAAUGAGAACGUUAUGAGUUUCGAUUUUAAUGUUUUUAAUAAUUUUAGAAAGGAAAAAAAUAGUUUUGAUAAUUUAUUGAAAUUUUGUCCUUUAGGUCAUUGCGCUCCGUGGUGUACUCGACUGUGCUAUGUCACGUCUCACUGUCACCUUACAUAAUGAACAUUUAUUAGUUUGUUACAUUCCAUUAAAAUAUAACAGCUUUUUAGAUGUUUUUAGUUAAUUUAACUGUAAUACGACCAGAUCGCAAGUGACAUAGCGAGCCCUGUGCGCCACUGCGCCACUGCGCCACUGCGCCAUGGCGACGAUGAAGUGAGGAGUUAAAGCUGUGUUAUAAUUUAACAUUUCAUUAUUCUGUUUUAUUUUAUAGUUAUUGUUUAUUCGUAAGAGCGUUUAGAUGUAAUUUUUAUUUCAUACGAAUAGUUAAUACGUUUUCUUAUACGGUCGGCUCUUGAAAACCUUGUACCUUGAUUUGUUUAUGGAUAAUUUAGUGUUAUUACAUUUUAUAUUGAUUAUUCAUGACAAUCGGAAUAAAAUUGAUGAAAAAAAAAUUAGUCAUUUUUACGCGAAUCACAUGUUAAUUUCAUUAAAAUCUACUUGUAAAUAUGAAUGCUUGGGAUUGUCUCCAUUCGAUUCGAUCCUCAUUAUGUUUGUUUGCUCGAAGGCCAACAGCAUCAAUGAUCCGGGAGACACGACCUCGUGCCAACGGUCGGUGUAGCUUCGCGCUUUGGUUUUUAACGGAUAGCUUUUUAAUAGCGACUUAUUUUAAGUUUUGGUUGAAUCAAAACUUUAACUAUAAGUUAGAGUGUUAUAUUUUCAUUUUUUUAACUAUUUAUUUACCAGCAUUUAGUUUAAAAUGUCUCAAACGAAAUUCACUAUAAUGUAAGCCGAUAAUGCUAGAGUAACUCUGCAACAGUUUAAUUUUAAAUACUAUAUAUCAUACUAGAAAACAUAAAUUGCAGUGUGUGAUAUAAUUUGUAAUGUGUGUUUUAAUGUCGCUCCUUUCCGAGGUAGCUAGUUGCAACUUCGAUUCAACUCUUAACGUUAGUUAUUUAUUUAUGAGAAGGAGAAGUUUGGUUGCCUGGUAAUAUUAGGUGUUAGUGAUAGUCGAGUAUGGUCAUAAGUAGAUGCUUUGCAGUGCUAUAUGUGAGUUAACUACAGUACUUGCAGCGGUGCCAUGCUGGACACACAGGCAAACUACUAUUUGUACUAUUUGUGAAUGCUGAAGUCAAAAUGUCACAUAGAUUGUAUGGUAUUUUCUAGAAUGUCUUUUCUUCCACUUAAAUAGAACUUUUAUACGGAUAUCGUGGCACCGCAAUAAUUGCUUAAUCUUUGUAUUGGGAAAUAGUGAUCAAGGAGAUUAUAUUAUAAUUAGGAAUACUUUCUCGCUUGUAUAAUUGAAGUCAGUACUUAUUAAUAUGUAACUGUUUAUGAAAAAAGUGUUAAUGGCUUUUAUAGAUUUUCAAGACUGCAUUAUUAUACUGCUUGCGAUGCUUACAGAAUAUUUGAAUUGUAGAUGUUUCCGUAGCUGUUUCAAUACAAUAAGGAUUUUUGAAAGUUUCUAAUUUCGUUUUUCUUCGCACUUGGAAGAGAUAUCGUAUAAUCUCCUUGAGUGAAAUUAGUGGGACUUAUGUUUAAAGCUUGCAAACUAUAAUGUAUUUUAAACAAUAAUAAGAAAUUUGUAUUACGAUUAUUAAUAGUAUUUGCACUCAUGCCAACAUUAUUGCUUAACUUAAUAUUAAUAUGUGUAUCCAAACAAAAUCCUCCGGCCACAGACAAGAUCUAUCGCAACCAGUUCACUGAGCCCACGUUCUUGAGGAUUUUGUACAUACAGCAUGUAAUCACUGUAUUUUGUCAACUUUAUAUAGAAAGUUACAACCAAAAUUUAAUAGGAUUUGGUCUAAUAUUUUCUGUAAAUAAAUCAAUUAAAUAUAUAAUUUA